CAGAAUACCCUACUUUUGCCUUUUCCGCUUUAUAUUCACUUCUAGAACCCUAAUUCACAUUCAUUCCUUCAUAUUUCAAAUAAAGAGCAAGGAUAGGGCUGAGAUUCCGGCUCCAAUUCCUCCUUCCGAAGAUGGCAUCCUCCGCCGCCACCUCCUCCGCCGCCGCUCUAUUCGGAACCACCGCCGCCUCAGAUAGCUGCUCACGCCGAGUUUUCGUAACGACCACCGUCCAGGUGCGCGCCUUGCGGAGCUCUCCCGCCUUCCUGAGAACGAGUAGAGCUAUUAACACUUACGCCUCCUGCAACAAUUCGACCGUCAUCAAUGCUGCAUUGGUCACUGAGUCGUCUGCUAAGGUGAUUGAUGGAAAAGCAACUGCCAAAGAGAUCAGAGAGGAAAUAGCUGCUGAAAUAUCAAAAAUGAAGGAAUCUAGUGGGGUUGUUCCUGGACUGGCUGUUAUUCUUGUUGGAGAGAGAAAGGAUUCUGCAACUUAUGUACGCAACAAGAAAAAAGCCUGUGAAUCAGUUGGGAUUAAGUCAUAUGAAGUUAACUUAGCUGAAGACUCCUCGGAACAAGAAGUGCUUAAGCAUAUUUCAUGCUUCAAUGAUGAUCCUGCAGUUAAUGGUAUCCUUGUUCAGUUGCCUCUACCUUCCCAUAUGAAUGAGCAAAAUAUCUUGAAUGCUGUCUGUAUCGAGAAAGAUGUUGAUGGAUUCAGCCCCCUGAAUAUCGGCCACCUGGCUAUGAGAGAUAGAGAACCAUUGUUUGUUCCGUGUACGCCCAAAGGAUGCAUAGAGUUAUUGCAUAGAUAUGGUGUACCAAUCAAGGGAAAGAGAGCUGUUGUAAUCGGCAGGAGUAAUAUUGUUGGAAUGCCAGCUGCCCUUCUCUUGCAAAGAGAGGAUGCAACUGUCACGGUCGUCCACUCAAGGACAAAGAAUCCCGAGGAGAUCACUAGAGAAGCAGACAUUGUAAUCACCGCUGUGGGGCAGCCAAACAUGGUCAGAGGUAGCUGGAUCAAGCCUGGUGCUGUUGUCAUCGAUGUUGGAAUCAAUCCGGUUGAGGACAUGAGCUGCAGCCGUGGAUAUCGGCUUGUUGGAGACGUAUGCUAUGAGGAGGCUAGCAAGAUUGCUUCAGCCAUCACUCCGGUUCCUGGAGGAGUUGGACCCAUGACCAUAGCAAUGCUUCUCUCCAACACUCUCACCGCAGCUAAGCGAGCCUACAAUUUGGAAUGAUAUUCUGAGUCAGUGCGUAGUUUUGGCGAAUCAGUGCGUAGUUUUGGCGAAUAAGUAGCAAAAUUUUGGGUUGAAAUUUGAGAAGGAUAAAAUGGUUUCCCUGUAUUCACUUGCUGGCUUGGAAGCU